AUGCCAAGAAAAAUUAGGCGAGAGGGAAGUUGCCUGGGCGCUGAGUAUCGCGGCAACUACUGGAACUGGCCGGCAGUUGGUGAGAUCGAUAUCAUGGAAAAUAUCAACAAUCUUGACCGCGCUUAUGCCGUCUUGCACUGCGGCACCCAGCCUGGCGGCGCUUGCAAUGAGCCAUCUGGCCUCAGCGGGUUUCGUUCUUGCCCUGGAAAGUCUUGUGCUGGUAACUUUCAUACCUUCACCGUAGAGGUCGACAGAUCCAAGUCUGUAGAAGCUCUUCGCUGGUAUGUCGAUGGCGUCCAGUUUCACCAGGUUCUUCAGUCACAAAUGCCGGCCGCCACCUGGAAGGGGACUGUACAGAAGCCUCACUUCAUUUUAUUGAACAUGGCUAUUGGUGGAUCCUUCCCGGAUGCCAUUUACGGGAAGAAGACACCUAUCAGUACCACUUUGUCAGGCGGGACGUACGAGGUUGAAUACGUUGCUGUUUAUCACACUUGA